AUGAUGAUAUUAUACCAUUGCUCAUAUAUUAAUAGAACUGGAGAAAUCUGUAGUCGAGGUAGUAAAUCAGAAAGAUGUUAUAUUCAUCGUAAAUCUCCAGUAUAUACUCCUUGUAGAGAUUGUGGUGAGCGAAAUAGGUCUAAAUAUAAUGCAUGCGAUAAACAUGUAGGCAAAUAUAAAAGUAAAGAGAAUUAUCACAGAAAAAAGCAGGAUGAGUUAUGUGCACAAAUUGUCAUGUUUAAGAAUUAUAUACCUGAUUUACCCAAUUCUAAACAUGAAGCUCAAAGAGCCAUUGCCCGCAAUAGAGCUAUGGAUUCCAAGACUUUUGAUCGAUCUC